AUGGUUUCUAAACAAUUUAAAAAAUUGCUUGAAAAAAAAGAAUUAAAAUUGAGUGAUGGUGACAUAUCUAGUCAUUCGUUUGAUGAAUUUGCUAAUUCUAAUUACGGGAACUCCUUUGAUGCAUUAGCUUCUCAUGAUGAUGAAUUCCUUUCAAACGACGAUUAUAAUCUAUCUCAAAACAAUCUAAGGCAAGAAAAAAAAAAAUCUUUUGAAAAAAAAAAAAGAAAAAGCGUCAAUAAGAAAGAGAAAAAAUAUCUAAAUGAACUUCAUGAAGUGUCCAUUGAAAAUAAAGAUUUUAAAUGUUGUUUAAUUAUGAACAAAAAAUAUUUUAAUUGCGAAAAUGAAAUCUGCUCAAUUUUUGGGAAUGAAACUCUUAAAUUUGAAAAAAAAAAUAAUUCAAGAAAACUUAGCUCUAAAAACAGUUAUUUAAAUAUGAGGCAUUAUUUUAUUUCAUGCGAUUCUCAAUGGCCACAUUUAAACCGUGAGGAAUCUGGAUUAAUAAUGAAGUAUAUUGAAGAAAAAAAUGAAUUUUCAAUAUCAUUUGAUAUUGAAUAUAUUAAAAAGAAAGAAUUGCUGGAUGUUCUGAUUGAUUCGAUGCUAGUAGAUGAAAUUUAUAUGUUUAUGGAAAGAAACCCGUUUUUCUUUAAUGGACUACUUAGACUAGCGGAGAUUAGUAUUUUAAGAGAUGAGCAUGAAGUCGCAUUUAAAAACUUACAAAAGGCAUUGUAUGUGUUUGAGUCAUCAUUACAUCCGUUAUUUUCCCCAUUUAAAUAUAAAAAUGGGCUUCCAAAUACUGCUAUAAAAUCAGAUGAUAUCGAAAGUAGAGAUAUAUUUAUUCUUCUAGGACACUAUAUGAACUCUCUUGGGAAUAGAGGGUUGUUUCGCACCGCACUUGAAUAUUGUUUGUUGUUAAUAUCGAUGGAUAUUGUUCAUGACAGAUUUCACUCCCUUCUCCAUUUAGAUUAUUAUGCUAUUUUAUCUUCAGAACUCGAAAUCUUUUUCGAAAUUAAUAACAAGUUCUUAAGCCAAUUCCACAAACACUGUACAUGGGAUGAAAAGAAUAUCGUUCAUACUGAUGGUGAAUUAAAUAUAGUAGUCAAAAGAUUUUCCGAAUCAACACCACUUUAUUACAUUUUACCAAACUUUGCAUUUGGAAUACCGCUUGCACUUUACAUUAAAUACACAAAAAGCUGUUCAUUAAAUAAAGAACAACUAGAUAUUUUUUAUCGGGAAAUCAAUAAUAUUACAAUUGAUCAAAUAACGAAUACAAACUUUAAUACAAAUCAUUUUCAGAAAUGCAGCAUUUAUUUGAUUCAAUCUAUGCUAGUUUUUCCUGAAUUUGUAGAUCUACUUAAAGUGCAUCUUGAAACUAGCCAAAUUAAAAGUGGUUUUUCUUCUUGGUACGAGAUUCGUAAUAUUUUUAAUAAUUUAACUGGAGAUAUUAAUAAUGUAAAUUCAGAGAAGACUGAAAACAAUUUAUAUCCUUAUCUAUUGGUAGGAAAACUUUUAGUAGAAGCAAACGUUGAAAAGUGUAAACAGAUUUGGAAAAAGCCAGAAAAUCUUUAUUGGGUUAAUGCAUGCUGUGAAAGAAUAUAUAAAAUUACUGAGAGUAUUGAAAACCGUAAUCUAAUCAAAUUAUUUGUGAUCAGAAGAAGAAAUAUUUUGAUGGAGUGCAAAUUUAAUGUAUUCAGAUAUUUAGAUGUGAAAAAGUCCGAAUUUUCCAAUAACCCAACUUUACCUUCAUUUUUUAGAGAUGAAUACCGGUCAAAAAGAGAAAAUCUUUCGGAAGAUAGUUCAGCCACUGCAAGCAAUAUUUCUUUAAAUUCAGAUCCUAUUUCUUUGUACUUUCUUUCUCUAUUACCUUGGUAUACUAUUGAUUAUAAUGGGAAUUAUACAUUAUCAAUUAAUCUAAGGGAAGUAGCUUUUGAUUGUUUAAAUGCACUAAAAAACUAUCUAACCACACAUUUUUAG